UGUCCUGCUGAGUUCCUUCAGCAUCUUGCUUUUUUUAAAUCUAGAUUCCAGCAUCUGCAAUCCUUUAUUUCUCAAGUAUUGAUAUCACUUUAACAGUGUCACCCAAUCAUGCUGAGAUAUUAUGCUAUUAAAGUAAGCUUUAACCUCUAUUAGAUACAAUUUAAUCUACACUUGACAAUAGUGUGAACAGUUGCAAGAAUUCUUCAUCAGUGAGCCAACCAAGUUGCAGCCUCCAACUACACCCAUUGACAACUAAACACCGCGCAUGCGCAUGGGCCUCUCCGGAGCCCUGGUCCUUUCACACAUGCGCAGUCGUACGGCAUGGGGGGAGGGGGAAGUCUCCCAAGACCAUUGCUGAGCAUGCGCGGCCACCGCUACGGGGGCCUGUUGAGACCAGUUCGCUCGAUCGCUUCGACUUCCCGGUAUUUUGGCGUCAACCGCCUCGAAAUGACUUCUGCUGUGUGAGGAGCGGCUGCAGGCCCUGGUGAUUCGGCGAGGGGUGGUCGGACCCAGGAUCAAAAUAAAAUCCAUCCCCUGGCGGUUGAGAAGCCGUUGUGGCCUGCUGCCGAGAACGAGCCGUUGGCCUUUCCCCCUGCCUGGAGCCGCCGCCUCCGGUGUGUCGAGCGAAGUAUCAUGAAUGUAGCAGCAUUUCCUUCUCCCACCAGUGACAUGGCUGAAAUUAACCGUAUGCAGUAUGAGAUGGAGUACACAGAGGGCAUCAGUCAGCGAAUGCGAGUGCCUGAGAAGCUUCAGGUUGCACCAGAGACUGCCGAGGACAGGUGGGCUAAAGGAGACUUUCAGAGCACUACAACUGUAAUGGAGGUGCCAGAGAGGAUCUUCAUAGCAGGUGACCAUAACAAUUCCAGACCAAGGGAUCUGGAUCUUAUGACAUCAACUCCUACAGAACCCUUGGCAUUGAAAACACCUCCACGUGUACUCACCCUAAAUGAGCAACCUUUAGAUUUCUUGGACCUAGAGCAGCCUAUUGUCCCAACUCCACAGACUGAGGAAGGUCGCUCGCAUGCUCGUGUACGGAGGGAGCGUUCGAUGAGUGAAAAUGCUGCCCGACCAAAUGGGCAGCUUGUCCGAACAGAAUCAAUUGUGACACCAGCCCCCCAACCUCAGCCUCAGCCUCAGCCUCGUCUUUAUCCUCCACUCAUCUCCUCUGAAGACGGACCAAACGCAUACUCUCCUCAUGGCAUUUUGUCAGUAAUCCACUCUACCACCCGUAGGGCCUACCAGCAAGUCAUGGACAUGCUAGAUGAAAAUCGCAGAAGAACAGUACUUCGUGGAGGGUCAACUUGUGCUUCUUCAUCUAACCCUCUGCUUGACAGUUCCAGAUAUAGCCUUUCCAGCUGUGAACCUACAUUGGAAGGAACACAAGAUGAUGUGGCCCUUGUGGAUUCUGUUUCCUUACGAAGACAGAUAAUUAAACUGAAUCGUCGGCUCCAGCUUCUAGAGGAAGAAAACCGAGAACGUACUCGCCGUGAAAUCAUUGUGUACUCAAUCACUGUGGGAUUCUGGUUGAUCAAUAGCUGGCUCUGGUUCCGGCGCUGAGCGAGUACUGCAUCAAUCAGAUCUUGUGCUAAGUGAACAACAGUUUUCUCAAAAACAGUUUUCUCAAAAACAGUUGGUGACACAAAGGGUCAGAGAUUGUUUUUGCCUCUUCUGUACCAUAUAGACUUUCUCCAGGUUCUUGCACUGAUUGCUCAUUCCUUAUAACACGGGGAAAAGAAUCAUGUGGACAAAAGAAUAUAUUGUUGCCUCAAAUUUAAAUAUUUAUUAUCUCACUUUAUUAAAACUCAUUUUGCAUGUCUGUAAUUAGGGAAUGUGUAGCUUUCAGGAUUUUUUUUUUAAACAUGUAAUUGAACCUGAUGUGUAAGUGACAGUAUAAGUCCAGGGGAGCAUUACAAAACAGAACAUGGAAUAAAGCUCAAGGUGCAUUUUUUUUUUAACUUUUACUUUCUGAUGAGAAAGGUUAAAUUUAAAGAUUUUGCAAGAGCUACAUAUGACAUAAUGUCCGAGGAUCAUAUUUUCCUUCUAUUUCAUUGUGAAAUGAAGUUGACUUUUGGGUUAUGGGUCCUUCAUGUUUUCUGCAUUGACUUUGAAAGGAAUAAAUGUGAGUCAAGGCAAUAAAACUUUCAAGUGUGCAUCAGAAAUGUAUCCCACUUUCAUUGAUCUUUAUUUUGAAUGUCACCAUGUGCUGUGGUCAUAUUUUUAAAAAAUACGACUGAUUGCUGCAGUGUUAUAGUAAUUGAACAGAAAAAAUUCCCAAAAAAAAUUUGUUCUGAGAAUGUAUGGACUUGGGUGGAAAGAGGAAUAUGUUUUCUAUGAAUGCUGAAAGAGAAUAGUCAUUGUGUAGCCUUGACCUAAAAUAUUCCAUUAAUUUUUGGAUCAAACAAGUGUUUACAGUGUAUUUUUUGAUCUUGACCUGCUGAUGUACAAAUUUACAAUUUUGACCUUGUACUGAAGACAUUUAUUGAAGGAGCAUUGAAUGCAAAUGUAACAUUGAAGAAAUUGUACUUACAAAUUUAUGUCGUAUAAAUCUUUUAUGUGGCAGACUUUUUUCCUAUUGUACCUUUGUAGGUGAACAGGUUUGCAGAGGGUUACCAGAAGUACAACUAUGUGUGUGUAUAUAUAAUUGACUACAUGCAAUGUGGCUGUAAGGAAAAUUAAAUUUGCGUAUUGUGUUUUCUUCUUCCACCUGGCCUAUGUGACAUUUGCAAUUUUUUUUAUUGUUUAUAUUUGUUGCCCCAAGGAAGAGGACAUAAUCAUAUGACUAGAAAUCCAGAGACCUGAAUCUGUACUCCAGGAAGUAUGAGUUUAUAUCUCCCAUGGAAAUUUGAGAAUUUAAAAUGAAAGAAGAAGUUACCUUCAGUCUACCAUGGCCAUAAAGCCAAACAGCAUUAGUUGCAUUGUUUAGAGAAAGGAAUCUGUCCUAUAAUGUUGAGACUUGUUAAAUAAUAUGUGCAGUGCCUGAGAACAUAUUAAAGGUAUGAUAAAAAUGGA